AUGGGCGCCGGGGUGCUGAAGGGGCUGGAGAUGGAGUACGCGUACAAGAGCAACAGGCCGUCGCAGCUCCUCAACACGCUCUUCAUGUCGACGGUGAACGUGGCGUCGCGGACGCUGGUCAACGUGGCGGCCAACGUCCAGCCGGAGCACAGCGAGCGGUGGAAGCCCGGGGACCACCUCAGGUUCAUGGUCAUGCUCAUGACGUGGCUCACCGUCUGGGUCAUGAGGGUGCUCAUGGACUUCUUCCCCGUCCCCAUGACUUGGUCGCCUCACCACCUCCUUUCCGCCGCCUUUUCCCCUCUCAAGCUCGCCCUCCCCGCGCCCUCCGGGUUCUCCUCCUCCUCCAAAACGACGUCGUUCAACCCUCCCUCCACCCACGUGUCGUUCCCCUACUCCUCCGCGAAAUCGGAGGCCGGAGCGCUCGUGCCCGCCGCGGCCGCCUCGUCGUCGCCCAUGGAUUUGGUCCUGCAGCAGGAUGAUUAUGAGGACGACGUCGGCUCUCUUCACGCCCUCGGACGAUCCCUCACCCACAUUCUGGCGCUGCUGAACGAGAUCCCGGCGAGCUCCGGGAAGUACCAGUUCGCGAUGGCAAUGGCGGACAGGAUCAUGGACGGGAACUUCAAGGACGGCCACCCGGAGCUCCAGGAGAUCAACCGGUUCGCCCUCUCGUCGGCCUACGCGCGGACUUUGGCCCUGCUCUACCGCUCGCUCCAGCGGCGGUCAUCGUCGUCGCCGAGCCACCCGGACUCGACGGCGUCGUGGACCACCCGGGCCAUCCGGUCGCUGCCAUUCGGGUCCUACGCUCUGUCCUACGUCAGGGGGCUGAACUACUGCCUCACCACCGUCCUCCAGAUAGCCAGCAGCGGCGUCUGGCGCGGCGGCAACAACAAGAAUCAGCUGCUGCUGCAGGGCGGGGACGCGGGGGACGACGUGGUGUCGGAGAAGCUGGCCGAGGAGCUGGUGUGGCUGACCAACAAGCUGCGGAACUACGGUCUGGUCGAGGAGGCCGUGGUGCAGUGGAGCCACGCGUCGGGGCUCGCGUCGAUGGCCCUGGCCAUCGACGCUAGGGUCCAGGGCCUCAUUGUCAAGACAACAGCCAUACUGAUCGGAGAGAUGGGCGGGGAUCGAGGGGAGAAGGUGCAGGUGCCGGGGCAGGUGAAGUCGCGGCUGCUCGUGGUGUGGCUGCCGGUGCUGUGCCACGCGAACAACGGGCUCACGUACCCGGUGCUGACGAGCAUCGAGAAGGUGGGAGUGGAGAGGGCGAUCGACGACGUGAUGGCGACUCUACCUGGGAUGGAUCAGGAAGUCAUCCUCACGAACUGGAUCCAUGACUACACGGUUACGGCCUCGGACUGGCCUAACCUGCAAGUUUCUUACGAUCGUUGGUGCCAGUCCACUCGCGAACUUGCUGCUUAG